CUGGCCAACAGUAACUAUGGCAUGGCAGGAAGGCCUGGGCACGCCCUCGGUGGGAAGCCACGGGAGUUGCAGACGGAGUGGCUGAGACAGCUGUGGCUGGGCCAGGCUGCCUGGCAUGGCCUCACGCAGACUCUCUGGGCAGGUACCACAGCGUGACACAGCAGCUGCUCCGCAAGGCUGAUGGGGUGGUGCUCAUGUACGACGUCACCUCCCAGGAGAGCUUUGUCCACGUGCGCUACUGGCUGAGCUGUCUCCAGGACUCGGGUCCCGACGGGAUGGUCAUCCUUCUCCUGGGGAACAAGACGGACUGUGAGGAGGAGCGGCAGGUGCCCACGGAAGCGGGGCAGCAGCUGGCCCAGGAGCUGGGGGUCUCCUUUGGGGAGUGCAGCGCUGCCUUGGGUCACAACAUCCUGGAGCCCAUGGUGAACCUGGCCAGGUCACUCAGGACGCAGGAGGACCGCCUGAAGGGCUCGCUGGUGGAGGUGGCCCCCAAAAGGCCGCCCAAGAGGGCCGGCUGCUGCUCCUGACCGCACAUCCUGCCCGGGGACAGCCACCCGCCUUGGUUUCCCUCCCUCAGCUCCCGGCCUGCCUUGUAGGACGCAGCAACGAGGGACAGGACCCGCGGAAG